AUGUCUUACUGCAAGCAAGAAGGUAAAGAUCGAAUUAUCUUUGUGACCAAGGAGGACCAUGAGGCCCCGAGUAAUGCCGAGCUGAUUGCAGAUGAUCCGCAUGAUCCAUAUGAAGAACAAGGCCUCAUAUUGCCUAAUGGUGACAUCAACUGGAACUGCCCGUGCCUCGGCGGCAUGGCUAGCGGACCUUGUGGCUCUCAGUUCAAGGAGGCCUUCUCAUGCUUUCACUACAGUAAGGAGGAGGUGAAGGGCUCAGAGUGCAUUGACCACUUCCGUAACAUGCAGGAAUGCAUGCAGAAGUACCCUGAGCUCUAUCCUCAGGAGGAAGAUAAGGAAAGCCUUGAUCCGCCGCCGCAGGCCAACUCUGCUUCUGACUCAACCGAGGACCCUGCCUUAUUGCAGCAAACAGACGUAAGCUCACAGACAGACAGCCAGACUGCCAGCUAA